UGGUGCUCAAACCAGGCGAACAUGAUGUUCAGAAAGAAUGACGGAACCUGCAAUCACCCGAAUAAUUUAGGCGCCGCAGGAAAACCGUUUGCCAGACUUCUUCCUCCAGAGUAUGACGAUGGCGUCAGUGUUCCCAGACAGCGAGGUAAGGACGGCAAACCACUGCCCAGUGCACGAGCCGUCAGCCUAACUCUCCACCCUCCUAAAGAUGUUUACUCCGGCUACCCUAUCAUAGUCAUGCUGUGGGGCCAAUGGCUAGCUCAUGAUAUCGUGGCUACAGCAACUUUCACCGGAGCUAACACAUGCUGCGGAGCAAAUGGAGGAUGUCCGCCUUUCGUGCAAAACCCGAAGUGUUUUCCGAUAGAGGUACCUCCAAACGACCCUACAUUACCUGGGAUUUGCCUGAAUUUUGUCAGGUCUGUGGCUGCUAACGGCUCUGAUAACUAUCCAGCAAAGCCACAAAUACAGUUGAAUUCAGUGACUUCAUUUGUUGAUUGCUCUCAGAUCUACGGAUCCUCUGACGAAGUUGCAGCAAGUGUUAGAGAACCUG